AAAAAACUCUACUCGAGAGAGCUAUAUCACCGGGAGUUGUAAUUAAGUUCAACACAAAAGAGGGAAUUAGCGUACUCGUACCACUCGUACUCUAAUUUAGAGAUAUGACGAUAGAGGAGGUUUCAGAGGUGCUUCACAUGAACGGCGGGAUGGGAGAAACCAGCUACGCUAUGAACUCCUUGGUUCAGAAAAAGGUGAUACUGAUGACAAAGCCCAUAACAGAGGAAGCCAUCGCAAAACUCUACACCUCAACCCUCCCAAUUAGGAGCCUAGCCAUAGCAGAUCUGGGCUGCUCUUCAGGGCCCAACGCUCUCCUGGCCGUGUCGGAGCUUAUCACGGCCGUGACCGAACUCAGCGGGGAGCUCGGCCGUAAAGCUCCCGAAUUCCAGGUGUUCCUCAACGACCUCCCUGGAAACGACUUCAACACCAUCUUCAGGUCCGUACAGCGCUUCCAGGACAAGCACCUGAAUAACCUGAUGAAGAACGACCAGACUCUCUUCGUCAACGGGGUGCCGGGUUCUUUCUACGGCAGGCUGUUCGCCGUCGACAGCCUCCACUUCGUCCACUCCUCGUACAGCCUCCAGUGGCUGUCUCAGGUUCCCGAUGGGAUAGUGGAGGAGAACAAGGGGAAUAUUUACAUGGCUGGUAAUAGUCCUCCGAGGGUCCUGGAGGCGUAUUAUGCCCAGUUUCAGAGGGAUUUUUCGCUGUUCUUGAGGUGCAGGGCUGCGGAGGUUGUGGCGGGAGGAAGGAUGGUGCUGACUUUCCUGGGAAGGAGGAGUGAGGAGGCUUCCAGUAAGGAGUGUUGUUAUAUUUGGGAGCUCAUGUCCAUGGCCCUCAACCAGAUGGCAUCCGAGGGAUUGAUAGACCAAAAGAAGCUGGACGGCUUCAACAUCCCACAGUACACGCCGUCGCCGUUGGAAGUGGAAGCGGAGGUCCUUAAGGAGGGAUCCUUCGCCGUCGACCGCCUGGCGGUUUCGAAAGUCAGCUGGGAUUCCUACGCCGACGGCGGCGGCGCCGAGCUGAUCAACGGCCGCUCCCGUGAAGUCCGGAGAGACGGCGGGUACAACGUGGCGAACUGCAUGAGGGCGGUGGCGGAGCCGCUGCUGGUGAGCCAGUUCGGCUCCGGGGAAGUCAUCGACGAGGUUUUCAGGAGAUACAGAGCCAUCGUCACGGAGCGGAUGGCCGAAGAGAAGACCGAGUUCGUCAACGUCAUUGUCUCUCUCACCAAGUCCCGGCUUUGUUAAGUAAUCGUAAACGCCAAAUAAUUAAGAAUGCACAGUUGCAUAUUGCUCAUCGCAUCGAAGUUCAACGUCGGCCGGCCGGCUGAAGAAAUAAAAGAUUAUUUGUUUUUCUUAAAAAAAAAAUGUUGGUUAAAGUUUUUUCUUUUCUUCGACAUGUCUCUCUCAGACGACAAAAGAAAGCAUUUGUGUUAUAAUGUGGCAAAAUUGAUGUGACCUUACCUUGUUCUGGUGUCAUUUGAUUGCAUCACCAGAAAAUAUAUUUGAGUGUGGUCCAAAAUUGGUGUCACAAUUACUUUGUUCAGACAUUUGUAGUGAAUGUUUGUUCACUUUCUGAAUGGGGUUCAUGCAUGGCCCCAUAAUACACGUACCACCUAGCUCCGUUAGUGUGUAAUCGACCCAGGUUUGGUCGGGUUUAGUAUAAUCUUUGGGUAUUCAUGACCUUGCCUUCCUUCUGCCACUGAUGUCUGAUAAGAUGUCUUCUGUUCUGUCCG